UGGUACGGUAGGUUGAUUAUCGUCUUUUUCUUUAGAUUUUUCAAUGUAGAGAAUUUCAAGACCCCCUGUCGAAGCUUUCACAUUUUCCUGCUACUCUCACACACUAGUUUCACUCUGCAAACACACACCCACACAGUCCUCGUGUUCCUCAAGCUCCUACGCAAACCCUAGAUGUUAAAUAUCUGUUUUGGGUUUUGAUAUCUACUAAAUCAAAAUGAGGUUUCCAUUAGGGGCAGUGAUUGGAAGAUACCCUUUUCCUUCUUCAAGCAAUGGGGGGCAAGAUCAAAACAUUGAGACGGGUGACGUCAUCAGGCAUGGUAGAAAAUGCAGAGAUAUACCAUUUCUUGUCUUCUUCAUUGCCUUUUGGAUUGCUUUAAUUGUUAACUCCAGUUUUGGGUUCCAUAAAGGUAACCCGUUAAGGCUGACUCAUGGUUUGGACUACAAAGGCAAUGUAUGUGGUGACAAAAACGGAAAUCCAAAUCUUCAUGGAUUGGGAGUGAGAUAUUGGGUAAACCCUAAUCAAGUAUUUGAAAGUGGGUUCAAAGAUACUCACUCGGAUUUAGAGGAUUUCAAAAGCAUUUGUUUGAGGGAUUGUCCAAUGCCAUCAAAUGAUACUCUUAAAUGGGUAUGCAAUUAUCCUGAAGGGGAUGAAAUUCGGCUUUCAAUGGAGCAAUGGGUGAGUAGGGAUUAUGAUUAUUUCUCUUUCCUAACACCCGAUAUGAGAAAAUCUUCCUUACAACUACUUGGUCCAUGCUACCCUGUCCUUUUUCCUAGUGUAAAUGUUUUGUGGAGUUGUGAAUUCAUGACACGCAAAUCGAACGUGUCUCUUCAACAAUGGCACAUGAUGGGUGGACAAACGGUUGAUGAUGGCAUGAUAUUAGAUAAGACAGUUCACAAGUCAAUAAACUCUCAAUCAUCUGUCUUAAAGCGUUAUGUUGCGGAUAUUGGGAAAUCAUGGCCUGUUUUGAUUGUUUGUGGAGGAAUCAUACCUCUAAUUUUAUCAGUGAUAUGGCUAGCUAUGAUUCAACGUCUUGUGUCUGCAAUGACAUGGAUAACAGUUGCCCUUUUUGAUAUCCUCAUCAUUUCUGUCACCAUAUUCUUCUAUUUGAAAGCUGGAUGGAUCGGGAACGAUGCUAUCACCCCAAUUAUUGGCACCCAUGACCCGUCUUAUCACUUAUCCGGGCGGGAACGUGUCCAUCUUCAUUUGGCUGCAGUGUUUAUGACUGUCAUCAUGGUGGUAGCCAUCCUCUCAUCCAUUGCAAUAGCACGGAGAAUCUUUAAAGCAACUUCCGUACUCAAGGUUGCAUCGAAGAUUAUAGGAGAAGUAAGGGCGUUGAUUAUUUUCCCGAUUAUGCCGUAUGCGGUUCUUGGAAUCUUUUAUAUGAUCUGGAUUUCUGCUAUUCUUUAUCUACUUAGUUCGGGGGAAAUUGUUAGAGAUAGAUGCAAUGCUAAUUGUUGUGCUUAUGAUCUUAAAAUGAAGCAAGUGAAUUGUGAAAGGUGUUGUGGGCAUACAAUCCAUUACACUCCUCAUAUAGGGAUUGCUAUCUUGUUUCAUCUCUUUGGAUGGUAUUGGGUUACACAGUUUGUUAAGGCGUUUUCUUCAACAGUUAUUGCGGGGUCCGUUGCUUCUCAUUAUUGGGGCCAUGGUGAAGUUCUUCAAGAAAUUUCAUUUCUUCCUAUAUUCUCUUCGGUAAAGAGGCUUGUGAGGUAUAACAUUGGAUCGGUGGCUAUUGGCUCUCUUAUGGUUUCAUUCAUUGAGUCAUUAGCUCGGAUACUAAAGCCACUACGUAAGAAACUUAUGGUAGUUGAUAUCAAGACUCACAACCAGGUUGGGAAAGUUUUGUCAGUUUCUUCCCAUUUUGCCCUUACGUGUAUCGAGUGGAUCAUUAGAUCGGUGAACCACAACGCGUACAUAAUGAUUGCUAUCACAGGUGAAAGCUUCUUUGCAGCUUCUGCAAUGGCGACUGAGUUGAUUAAGAACAAUAUUCUUCGAAUAGGGAAGGUGAAUGUGAUUGGAAAUGUUAUUCUUUUUCUUGGGAAGUUAUGUGUUAGCCUCGCGAGUGCUUUGUUUGCAUUUCUCAUGUUGGAUACUCACAAGUAUAAAUCCGCACAUGAUAAAGUCUCCUCACCAUUGAUUCCAGUGCUAGUGUGUUGGGGUCUUGGUUUUGUGGUGGCGACCCUCUUUUUUGCAGUGGUAGAGGUAUCAAUUGACACGAUCAUACUAUCCUAUUGUCAAGAUUCCGAUGAGGGGCAUCGAGGGACUACACAAUACGCCACACCUCUUCUUUUUGAAACCCUAGAUGACCAAAAUGAGGCGGACAGACAUGACCAAUGAAUCACAAAGGAAUCUACACGUCGAUCAUCAUGGCCACAUGGCAGAUCGUGAAUGGUUGAGAAAUCGAGAUCACACUGACUUGUGUAGUUCAAGGCAAAAUUAGGGCAAAUCAUGGAUGGUUGAUUUCACACGGGGGUUGCUCAAACUUAAGGUUUUGAUUUACUUAGGGUUGCGGAUUGUUGAUAUAUAUAUAGAAUGUGAUGUAUCUAUACUUGUAAGGUUAUGAUAACUUCCACCUUGUUGUUAAUCUAUUUCGGUUGUGGACU